UGGCACCAACCGGACAGAGUCUUGAGACAAUUUGGGAUGCAGCAACCAGUUCCAGAGUCUCCUUCACAACCCCUAAACAUUCAUGGCAUAACAUUAAAGGGGAAACAUGACGAAAAUUGGGGGCAAUUAUUCGCCCCAAUGAUUCAGCAGUGGAAUAAUCGCCAUGCAUUUAGGGUCGACGCUUAUCCCCGACAAGAAGGCCUAUUGAGUUUUAACUCGGACUACAUGGUCUGGUAUAGGCGAAAGACAAAGAUGUUUGUUGACCCAGAAAAUGCAAAGACGGCUACAUUGGGUGAAGUUGCAGAGGCAUUACAAUACAUGGUGUCUCCUCAAGGGAGGAAAACAUGCACAUUUGAUGAUCUCGUGCCUUAUGUGGAAAAAAUUACAAUUUUAUCCGAAGAGCAAGAGAGAGUCACUGAGCCAGUGUCACAUGGUCCUGCAUCAGAGCGUCAAUUUCCCGCACAAUAGUUUCACAUGCUUCA